CCGGGGCAGUAGGAGCAGCUUGUCGGAGAAGGCAGUGGCGGCGGCAAUGAUCUAAUCAUGUCGAAUAAAGAUGAUCUUGAGACUGCAGUGAUAACUGAAGCAACUCCCAUCUGUGAAGAUGAGAACUGUGAGCCAGUCAAGAAUUUUGAGUCAGUUGACCAAAGUGCCAAGUCAGAGAGUAAAUCAGAAGCUGUAGCUGCUACUCGGAAAAGACCAGAGUCCAAACCUUCCAGUGACCUUGAGACAGAAGUUCUCCCUGUUCAGGAGACUGUUUCCAAAGAUGUACCUCAGUCCGGUUGGGGCUAUUGGGGCAGUUGGGGCAAGUCCUUGCUCUCCUCAGCCUCAGCUACAGUAGCCACAGUAGGACAAGGUAUUUCAAAUGUCAUUGAGAAGGCAGAGACUUCCCUUGGAAUCCCUAGUCCUAGUGAAAUUUCAACAGCAGUCCAGUAUGCAACAGGAGAGACUAAUGCCAAAGAGAAUGGAAACUCCUCUCCAAUGAGUGGGCCGUUUGGGGUAUUCUCGACCAUCUCUACUGCUGUUCAGAGCACAGGAAAGAGUGUUAUCAGUGGGGGUUUGGAUGCCUUAGAAUUCAUUGGAAAAAAGACAAUGGAUGUAAUAGCAGAAGGGGAUCCUGGAUUUAAAAGAACCAAGGGUCUGAUGAACCGGACUUCUACACUGUCUCAGGUUUUACGAGAGGCAAAGGAGAAAGAAGAACUAUGGACUUCCAAUGAGGUUACCAUGGAAACAGACAAGAAAACUCAUUAUGGGCUACUCUUUGAUGAAUUUCAAGGCCUUUCACAUCUAGAAGGUCUGGAGAUGCUCUCUCGAGAAAGUGAAAUAAAGGUGAAGUCUAUUCUUAAUUCUCUGAGUGGAGAAGAGUUAAAGACUCUAAAACUUGAAUUGGAGCAACUCAAAGAAGCGUUUUCCCUAGCAGAGCUCUGUGAGGAAGAGGAGGAAGAGAAGAAAGGGGAUGAAGACUUUACCAAAGAGAUAACAGAGCUAUUUUCCCAGCUGCAUGUCUCCUCCAAACCAGAAAAACUUGCCAGGGCUAGAAAUACAGCCUAUGAGUGGAUCAGGACAUCUCUGGCCAAACCGUUGAAAGAGAAGGAAGAAGGAGAAAAACAGUUGGAAGCAGAAAACACUGAGCAGAUCAAUAACAAUUCAAUAGAGGAUAUUCAUGCAUUUGCAAUCCGGAGCCUAGCAGAACUGACUGCCUGCUCAAUUGAACUUUUUCACAAAACAGCGGCUCUGGUUCUACAUGGCCGGAAACAGGAAGUAACGACCAUAGAAAGGAGCAGAGCCCUUUGCCAGCUGACAGUUUUGUUGUGUAAAGAAUUAUCCUGUCUGUCUAAAGAGUUCACCACCUGCCUAACAACUGCUGGGGUUAAGGAAAAGGCUGAUGUCCUUAAUCCAUUAAUCACUGCAGUAUUUCUAGAGGCAUCAAACAGUGCUUCCUACAUUCAGGAUGCCUUUCAGCUACUUUUACCUGUAUUGGAGAUCUCUUUUAUUGAGAACAAGACUGAAUUACCAGAGGCAUGAGCUUCAUGUCCAGAGGCCUUUGUCCAAACAUUGAGGAACAGAGGAGAUUCUACCUGAGACUUAUGAUGGCGGAGAAAUGCCACUCACUUCUGGGUAGCCCUGCAGAAGUGAGGUAGAAAGGUUAUUUUAGUAUAUAAAAAUGCCGGCAGGAGAGCAGAUUUGAAGGAAGUUUGUUGUCUUCACUGCUUGACUGAAGUAUUCAGGUCCUCACACUGCUCUUUCCAGUUAUUAUAAUUAAUAAAUUAUUUGAAAAGAAACUUUUAUAGACUGUUCAAAAAUAAUAGCUCUAGGUCAAAGUUAAUGGAAUACUUGGGCAAAGAUACUGAUCUUUCUUUGACAAUGUGUAAAACUAAUAUUUUUGUCAUGGAUGUAAUUUUAUAGGAUAUAAUUGGUUGUUAAGAAAGAGGAAAAGAAAUUUAAAAAAAAAGAGGAAAAGGAAUUCAGCAUUUUGGAAUUCAUGUGCUUAAUCUGUUAAUGCAUUUUCUUUCUCCUUUCUAUAAUAAAAUCUAUGGCUUUUAAGAAAACUGAGUAUGUAUAAACUCUGUAGUGAUUGCCCUUUAUUACAUGGAUUUUUGGAAUUGGUUAGAAAAUUUCGUCUACUCUUUAAUUCUCAGUAGAUAUGUGGCAUUGAGGAGAAGCUUAUAGACUAUACCUACCUGUAGCCAUGUUAAUUAACUAUAGCAAAGUGUCCUUUGACUUCAAGUUGCUCUCCUAUCCCACGAUGGUAAGCUUAUGGUUGUUGACUCCCACUCUACCGGAUUCAAGACAAAGAAGUGCAAUUUGGAGAAACAGUUUCAUGUUUGUAGAUAUUCUGAGUUUUCUAGGAUGUUUUUCAUGCAUACCCUAUAUGCAGGAUGAAUUCUGUAAUAGCAGCUCCAAAGGAGGGUUGAAGCUCUUUCAGUGAUGGAGGUUUUGUUACUUGAAUAUUGUUGAAGUGGAUUGUAGACUCCCAUGAAAAUGAUGUUCAUGUAUAAUAGGAUUAAGAUGCAGUAUAUUUUUCUUCAUUCUUUUUUUGUUUCUUUUAAUGUAUUCUUUAGCAUGUUUAUAAAUAUAACUUUUAUCCUUCAGAUUCUA